GUGUCAAAAGUAGUGUGUUUCACAAUAUUGUGCUCAAAUAAUCAUGGAGAAAAUGAAUUGCAUUAAAGAAUAUUUAAGUCCUAUAUUGAAUGAUGAUGUGUCCGAUGAUAUUAUACAGUACAUUUCCACAUUUAACACAGUCGAAGACUAUGAUGAUUUCAUGGAAAACAUUGUCGACACUUCAAAUCGAAUGCAUGUACAGAUGUACAAUAAGUUGAAGAUGGUGUUGUUUAAGACACAGAGUGGUAAAAAAAAUCAAAAUCAGAGGAGCCAAACGAAGGGUAAAGAAAGAAUCUCUGAGCAGAUUCCUCUUGCCCCCUCAACAUCAUCAUCAACUUCAGCAGGUGGUGGUAAAGGGAACAACAAGGGGAACAAGACGAAAUUCACCAAUUUUUACAGUUACGAUAAUAAACCUGGUUUAAGGAAAGGUCGUCAUCCAUGUAAUUGUCAAGCGAGUAAACACGUCUUGAUCAACAAUUGUUCAAAAUGCGGAAGGAUUGUUUGCGAACAAGAAGGCUCUGGUCCUUGCCUCUUCUGUGAUAACAUGGUGUGUACUAGGCAAGAGAUGGCGCUGCUGAAUGCGAAAACCAAAGAGUCCGAUAAGUUCAGGAAUCAUUUGUUGGAGCAGAAGAAGACGAAGGAAUUCAAGCAGGCUUUGGAGAAUCGCAAUCGUUUACUGCAGACUGAUCAGAUGGGGGCGACGAAGAACAAAGUUUUCGACGAUCAAAACGAUUACUUCGAUCUGAACUCGAAGUGGUUGAACGAUAAGGAGAAGGACGGUGCGCGGCGGCAGUACAGGGGGGCGCGCGAGAUGUUGCACAAGUCGAAGAAGGAUUUCAAGUUGGCGUUGGAUUUUGCGAGCAGAACCGUGACCAUCAACGAUGACGAUCAGAAGAAGAAUCACGAGAAGAUGCUCGCCGGUGUUAACAAGCUGCUGGAUAACGCGGAUCGUAGAUUUCCGAAGAAUUUGUUCGACGGUGAAAAGGCGGAGUUGAUCGCGGAAAUCGUGAGUUUGAUGGGUCAGAGGAGCGGUGCCAUUAACAAAGCGACGACGAAGCAGAGGAAGGAUGAAGCUAAAGGUUUGGAAACGCAGAGGAAAUACAGGAUUGCCAACAGCGAGUUUCUGGAGAGCGUCGAUCAAGGGAUGUGUCUCAGUAUGCAUCAGCCUUGGGCUAGUCUUCUAGUGGCCGGGAUCAAGAUACACGAAGGUAGAACUUGGAGGACGGAUCAUAGAGGUCGCUUGUGGAUAGCGGCCGGUGCUAAGCAACCGGAAGACGAGGAUAUUCUAACGUGCGAGGAGAUGUACAGAGUAAUCUACAAUGAUGACACGAUCAAGUUUCCCAAGAAGUACCCGACCGGGUGUCUGUUGGGUUGCGUUUUCGUUGAAGAUUGCCUGGAGCAGAGCGCGUACAGGGAAAAGUAUCCGGAUGGAGAGAGCGAUUCUCCUUACGUUCUGAUCUGUUCGAAUCCGAUAAUAUUGCCGGUAUUCUAUCCAAUGCAAGGCCAGCACAAGAUUUUUCAAUUGUCUAAGGAAAUGCAUAUGACAACCAAGGCUGCACUGAUGUCAUCGAAAUGGAUUUAAUUUUGUAAUAAUAAAUAUAUUUGA